AUGGAAAUUAUUUUCAGCGAUGGUCCCUUCUAUCGAGGAGCAUCGAAACGAAAGAGUAUGACGCCGGAAGAUUUGUGCGACCAACCACGUGGGAAAGAGAUGAAGGUGGAGAUAGUGAAAGAUGAGAUGCCAUCGAUGGAGAAGGAAGUUGUCAAAUUGGAACCCGUUGAGCAGGAGAGUGACCGGCCGCCGCAUCUAUUCCCGAUGAUCUCAAAUAAUGGUGUGAAUCCACAAGAAAUACCGUAUCUUCCCCUGGAAUCAGCAUUUGAAGAACUCGAAAAACGGAUCCGAAUUUUCACGGAGAAACUUCAAGAAGGGUGUCGAAUGAUGAAGGAAUCCCAGAGAAUUGCCUAUGUCAACGAGUUGGAGAAUUCGAAAAUGUGGGCUCCAAUUGUUGAAAAUCUAUGGAAUUAUGGUUAUCAAGAAAAUGCUCACUACCAUCAGCAUCAUUACCCAUCAGCUCAUCAUACCGAACGCUUUCAAACUCUUUCCUGUCCAUCGGAUGUUCCCAUUGACACUUCCUACUGCAACAAUAUGUCACCAACCUAUCAAGAUCUCGGACAUGAUCUCAGCCCUCAAUUCUGGUGUGCUGAAGUGGAUUGUGCCUAUGAGAGAUGUGCCACGAGAGUUAUUCCUCGCGGACAAUCUAUCUAUUUCAGACAUGAUGAGGGUAUUCAUGAAGCAAGUCCAGUCAAUGAUAAUCUCAAGAACAAUGACUGGGAAGUCAAGAAGGCCUUCCGUAAAGAGCAGAGUAAAGUGGCUUCUGCCCGUUACCGUGUGAAAAAGAAGGCAAAACGGCAGGAGCUUUUGGAUCAAUUAGAGGCUGAAGAGAAGCGAAAUGCUCGUCUCAAACGAAAGUUUGCUCAAUUGGAAAAGGAUGUUGCCGAAGCGAGAUUCCAUCUGAAACUUUCCCAUAAAUAG